AUGUCUCCGAAUGAGAGUGAGAUUUACGCUGAGAAUAUUCUCCUCUGUUAUCCGCUCCUGCCAGACUCGUGUCCUAGAGCUCAUCGUCUCACUGCAGUUAAAGUGGCAAUGUACGCUUUCAUGUUGCUCAUGAUCCUCACCACAGUUUUGGGGAAUCUGCUGAUCAUCAUCUCCAUCUCUCACUUCAAACAGCUUCAGUCUCCGACUCAUCUGAUCGUUCGUUCUCUGGCUGCCAGCGACUGUCUGCUGGGCUCUCUGGUCAUGCCCUACAGCAUGGUGCGGUCUGUCCAGGGCUGUUGGUUUCUGGGAGAUGUUGUUUGUAAAGUGCAUUCUAGUUUGGACAUGACUUUCAGUAUCUCUUCCUUAAUCCAUCUCAGUUUAAUAUCUAUUGACAGAUACUGGGCCAUCUGUGACCCUCUAAGAUACACAAUGAGAAUCACAAACAACACCGUGACUGUAUUUACCAUCUUCACAUGGCUCUUUUCAUUUAUGUACAGCUUCAGCAUUGUGUUUUCAGGGAUCAACAAGGUUGGUUUGGAAACGUUUAUCAUGCAAGUGUACUGUGUGGGAAGCUGUGUUCUGUUUUUUAACAAACAGUGGGGUCUCAUUUGUUCACUUCUCACCUUCUUUCUUCCUGGCACAAUUAUGACCUCUCUGUAUAUGAAAAUCUUCCACGUGGCGAGAAAACACGCACGAGUUAUUUCUGAAAGUGUCACGGUGGGGACUGCAGGGGUGUUGAAGAGUCAAAGCUCAGCACAGAGAGAAAGAAAAGCAGCUAAAACUCUUGCCAUUGUGAUGGGGGUGUUUUAUGUCUGCUGGCUGCCUUUUUUUACUGCCACGGCUGUCGAUCCUUUCCUUAAUUUUGCCACCCCGGUGGAUGUUUUUGAUGCUUUGGUUUGGUUUGGCUAUUUCAAUUCAACUUGUAAUCCUUUAAUCUAUGGGUUUUUCUAUCCUCGUUUUCAGAAGGCCUUUAAGAUUCUCUUAUCCACUUAUAUCUGUGGCUUCAAUGACUUUAACACCUUGACACUUGAAUGA